AUGGAUGACGAUGGCUGGCAGCUCCUUCCAAAACCAGCUAAAAGAUUGAAGAAACUGACCUGUUUCGACAAGUGUAUUUUUUGCCAGACGGGUAAUGCUAAUCUGCGUGUUGCAAAGCCUUCUUCACUAGAGAAAGUUGUUUCUGCACUUAAGCAACGACAAGAUGAGGUAUCGUAUGAUAGCAUGUGUUUUGUUUAUUGCUCCAUAUUGUACAUAUUACACAGCCAGCCAGUCUCCUAAUCAAAUCGCCCACGUAAACGCCUUCUGGUCGGCGUUUUUCUACGUUUGAAAUAUUCUUAAACAUUUUCAGGUGUCGCAACGCCUCACACCUAAUGAUCUUUGUCAUGUGGAGGGAAAACACGUUUUGUGGCACUCGUCCUGUUACGAAGCAUUCACCAGUAAGCAAAACCUACAAUUUUCAGAAUCCAAAACGUCAAAUAAUCCUGUUGAUGUCAAAGUUGGCAAACGAGGCGGCACAUUAUUUGAUUGGUCGAAGUGUAUGUUCUGCAGGAACGCAACACGUAAGAAGGACAGAAAUCUUAUAAAUAUUGUCACCUUUGAAGCAUGUAGCACCAUAAAAGAAUCUGUAGAAGCACGAGUGGAUCACCAACUGCUUGACGUACUUCAAUCAGUUAAUUAUGAUCUUAUAGCAGCAGGAGGGAAAUACCACAAAGCAUGUCAUGCUUCUUAUGUCAGCAAAGUAAAUAUUAAACGCAUGCAGCGCGAUACUUCCACAAUUGAUGAAAACCCUUUUUGAUGAAGCCUUUAACCAACUGGUAAAGACCAUAACGACUGAAAUAAAUAACGGCAAGGCCUACGACAUGAACAUUCUUUUAGCUAUGUUUAAAAAGGAGUUAGAAAAACUAUGCAAUGCUGGAGAAAGCUACACGAAGCAAAAGCUGAAAGCGCGAUUAGUGGCCCAUUAUAAGGAAGACCUUGUGUUCCACCAGCCACCUCAACAAUCCAAACCGGAGAUAGUGUAUAGCAGUUCCAUAUCUUUGGUUGAUAUCAUAAAUGCGGCAAUCAACUCUCCGCCACCAGACACGACAAGCUGUAUAUCCAAGGAAAAAAUGAACGCAUCCACGUCCGAAUUCUUCGACAUCUAUGCUGUAGCAACUCAAGUGAGACAAGAGGUAAUGAAAUGUAAGGGCAUUGACAUCAAUCCACUGGAUAUCAGUGAUUUAAACCUCGAUACUGCAAAAGAACUUCUUUCCCAAAAUCUCUACUGGCUUUUAAGAUGGAUCAUAACUGGAGAGCAGUAAUGCAGUAUCGCGACCGCAGUUCAUCUUCAAGUGCAAGAAUUCCUGCAGAUGAGCGCAAGAUUAUAAUGGUCGCACAAGAUAUCGUUCACUGCGCAUCACAUGCAAGAGCAAAGCUUCCUAAGCACGUAGCGCUUGCCAUGUCAGUCAAGCACAUAACUGGUUCAAAACAGUUGGUAACUCUAUUGAACAGAAUGGGUCACUGUUCUUCGUACGUGGAAAUUGAACAAGUGGAUACGAGCCUGGCCAAUGAAAGUUUAGCGAGAUCAAAGACUAGUGGUGUUAUAAUCCCAACUAACAUAAAUCCUGGUGUGUUUAUACAAAUGGCGGCUGACAACAACGAUAUUAAUGAAGAGACGCUCGACGGGAAGAAGACAACACAUGCAACGACAAUGGCUAUAUACCAGCGCAAGCAGUACGGACCCAAGCCAGCACGCGUUGUGCACGCCGAUCAUUCCAAAAAGAAGAGGUCGCUGGAUUCAACUCGUAAUCUGGUUGUCAUAGAAGAAGUGAAUGUAGGUGGCAGGCGACCCACUCUUGCUGUCUAUGUAGGGAACGAUUUUAUCACUUACCUUCAAUCUGACCGUCAGCUACCGUCCUGCUGCACGGCUGACCUCUGCUGGAUGCUACUUCGUCUUUCUGAUCCUUUUAUGGUGUGCAACCAACAAACGCCGGAAGAGCAGAAUAUACCAGGAUGGAGUGGAUUCAAUGCUAUUACACAUCCUAGCUUACCAGUGGAGACUGUCAUAGGUUAUCAUCCAAUGAUCAAUGCAGAAUCAAGCAAUUUCAGCACCCUAUACACCUUGAUGAAACUGGCACAGAAGAUAUGUAACACCUUAGGACAGUGCGAAUCAGUGGUCACUUUCGAUCUAGCUCUUUAUGCAAAAGCUAAACAAUUACAAAUGAAAUACCCAGAGGAAUUUCAGAGCACCGUUAUCAGAAUGGGCGGCUUCCACAUCGCGCUAAACUAUCUCUCUCUCCUGGGAAAGAAAUAUGCACAAUCGGGCUUAGAAGACAUGCUGAUUGAAUCUGGAGUUUAUGCAGCUGGCACCACUUCAGUAAUUAUGCUUGGCAAGUCUUACAAUCGAGGGAUUCGGGCGCACAAGCUUACCAUGGAAGCGCUUUUCAGACUUUUGUGGCAAGCCUUCGUGGAAUGGCUGGAAAGGGAAGAAGUUGGACUAGAGAACGGGGCAAAGCAACUUAUUCUCUGCAGAAGUAAAGAAUGCCGGAACACAGUUAAACAUUAA